AUGUUAAAAGUGCCCCACAUGUCAGCUGCCCACGCGACGCGACUGUCCGCAUUCCCGCUGUCCGUCAGAUAUUCUGUCGUCGUUCACGCAGCCUCAUGCUCAUACUCGCCGGGUAAACACAAAGAUCCAAUGGAGGCCGGCUUCGACCCAGCUCAACCUUUCCGGGGCGUUGUCAUCUGCUGCACCAGCAUCCCGCCCGACCUCAGGGAAGACAUCGCCUCGAAAACGAUCGAACUGGGAGGUCUCCACAAGUAUGACCUCACCCCCGAAUGCACACAUCUGAUCGUCGGAAACUACGACACCGCAAAGUACCGCCAUGUCGCCAGAGAGCGCCCCGACAUCAAGCCCAUGGCUACUGCCUGGGUCGAGGCCGUCCGGGAUCUCUGGGUGAGGGAUGCCGAGAUCGACUUUGCCGCCCUGGAAAAACAAUGGCAGAUGCGCGCCUUCGAGAGGGAUGGAGGAACUAUGGACCCAAACCAUCCCCGCGGCCAGCUUUUCUGUUGCACAACUGGCAUCGAGGACCCCACCGCCCGUCAGGAAAUCGCAAAUUUGAUCGAAGCCAACGGCGGGCGCUACACUGGCGAUCUCGUCAAGAACGUCACGCACCUGAUUGCCCAGAAACCCGAAGGCAAGAAAUAUUACGCCUCCAAGAGAUGGGGACAACAGACUGUGUCGGUCGAGUGGGUCAGAGACAGUGUCGAACGAGGCAUGAUCUUGGAUGAGAGGUACUACGACCCUGUGUUGCCUCCGGAAGAAAGGGGUGUCGGUGCUUGGAACAAGGAACGGGCACAGCACGCUGCUAUGGGGAAGCGGUUGAGAGAAAAUGCCGCCGCCCAGGAAGAUGGAAAGCGAAAGCUGCGCAAGACUGCCAGUAUGAAGCUUAAUAGUCAGAGAGAUAACCUUUGGGGGGACAUUUUAGGCAUGGGCAAGCCACCACAGCCCGAGACCGCCGAACCUUUCGAGACCGCCCCGCAACAACCUGCUCCCUCAGCGUCUUUUCAGCAUGUCACACAACCAUCACUUUCAGGCCCAAAUCCCACGAAGUCAAUGGACACCCAAGGCUCAAAGCUCUCGUCUUUCGGUCGCCCCGAUGAAAGCGGCGUGUUCGCCUUAUGUUGCUUCUUCAUCCAUGGGUUCUCGGCCAAAAAGACCGAGAUGCUUCUCAACACUGUGGCCUCUUUGGGGGGCAUGAUAUGCCAUUCUCUAGAAGAAGUUUCCUCGGCAUCUGGUGCUCAGAUGGCACAUCGGUUCUUUAUUAUACCGCAGGACUCACCCCCCGAGAUACAGCCAAAAGUCCCCGAGAACGUCAGCAUCAUUACCGAAUUUUAUAUCGAGAAAUGCCUCCACAACAAGCGCUUUUUCCACCCAGCAGACCAUGUCAUCGGGCGUCCAUUCCCGACAUUUCCCAUUCCGGGUUUUGAGAAGCUCUCCAUCUGCACGUCCAACUUCACUGGCGUUGACCUCAACCAGAUCGACAAGUCCAUCAGGCAAUUGGGGGCGAGAUACGAAGAGCGAUUCACUGCCGAUAUCUCCAUAUUAGUCUGCCCGACGCUCUCUGGAAUCAGGCCGCAGAAGUUGAAGCUUGCGUUGGAGUGGAAAAUACCUGUUGUGAAUGCCGAUUGGUUGUGGAAAUGCAUAUCUACGGGCUCUAUUGUUCCGAUCCGGCACUUCCUAUUUCCAGAGCUAAAGCAGCAGGAUUUGCAGGGCCCAAAGCACACCAUGGCACAUGAGACUCCCGAGGCCACGAAGGGCAGGGAGAAGCCCAAGCAAGCAGCAAGAGACACGGUAGACAAGGACUUGUUGUCCAAGUCAACUGCCACGACCAAGCCUACACGUCGCUCAGAUAUCGAUGCGUCAGCUUUUGCCCCUGAGAAGACGGACACAGUCGCUAAACCACCUAGAAAGAGAAUGGCGCCAGAAGACUCCUUCUUGACGACGGCCAAUACACACUUUGAAACAGCACCCACUCACCAUGCUCCCAGCGAAUCUACCAAAACCCCCUCCAAUGAGACACCCAGAGCGCCUCUCUCGGAAGCCUUACCCAACUGUCUGAAUAGGCCCUCUUCCUCCUCCUCGGCUUCUUCACGAUCCGGACAGGCACCAGAAACUCACAAACCCCUUAGCCGCACACGCUCCGAAGUGGCCGAUUCUGAGGCCACCGAUGGCGAUGUCGGGCAGUCAGCAGACACGGCCUCUCCCCUCCAUUCUAUACCCGAGGUAGAAGCACGCAAAGACAACGCAGAAAAGUUGCGGGCAAUGCGUGCAGAACAGGAGCGUAUUGCUCUGUCAGAAAAGCUAACAUCCGCCCUUCUCAAGAGGACAACCAGCACAGUCAUCGCCGUCGGGUCAGAGAGUGCCGGACUCACGGCUGACCCGUUGUCCUCCAUGGAAGGUGACAGGCAGCAGCCACAAGUCAAGAGACGCAAGAGAGAGAUCUUGGGCAGGGCCAUCUCCAAUGUGUCGGCCGUGUCCAACAUAUCGGCAGCUAGCAGCGCCGAGCAGAAGGAUGCAGAAAAUGGCUCGCUUGGGGACAAGGACAAAUCACAGGGGCCGCUUGUGUCGAGCUCGCAGCUCCAUUUUGAGGAUCCGCAGUCGAGAAAGGCAAAGGCGGUGUUGCUUGGUAAACUGACGGGGAGCACUGUGGAGGGGGAUGGGAAGUUGACGGCAGAGCAAGGCUUUGUCACGAUUGGCGAUUUGGGUGGUUAUGGGCCCUCCCAUAACGCUUCGAGUGCUGGGGCUGGGGCUCUGCCGCAGAGGAGGACUGCGAGGAGAAGGUAGAUAAGGUAUCUUGAUUAUUUCAUUUCUUGUGAUAUUGCUAGGCACAGCAAGCAGGUUAUGGAGUUUAUGUCGGGCUUGGAAGGAAGGGCAGGCUCUCAUGUAUGUGAGAUUAUGUAUAGAGAUACGUUGGGCUACACGAUAGUAGGAUUGGGAAAUAUGGAUUUAUGUUGGGGAAGGCCUAAAGCAGGAUAUAUAGCAGAUAAAGCCAGCACUAAUGAGAUGAUCAACAUGGUGUCCCCAACGAACCUCAAAG